UGUCGCCCGUUGGCCUUCCAAAAAGCCAGUGCCCAGAUGGCGAAUAAAGCGUGGGAAAGGCCAAGCGUUUCCAGACUCCUAAGCUUCUGCCUUUACCUUCUCCGACUCGAAUUCCUAUUUCGAUCCCCAAUUACCCCAACUCGCCGCCAAAUCUAUCCCCUGCUUCGCUGCCAAGGAAGAACAUGAAUCGUGGCCGUGGCCGAGCUGGGAACUUCGGAGGCUAUUCGAGUCCCAAUGGGGCCGGGAAUUCAGCGCAUCGUCACAGCCCUAUUGGAGCAGACAGGCCUCCUGAGGACUCUCUUUGUGGUGAGGAUGGAUUGUCCAUAAGCGAAAAGAAAAAUUUAGGGCAGAUGUCAGCAGGUAGCGUUUCUAAGCACUCUGAGCAUAAACCCAAAUUAGGUACCACAUACCAGCAAAAGUGGCUUCCAUGUGGUUCGAAAGAUGGUUUUUCUAAUGUCAGGAGAUAUCAGCAAGAAAUGAAUUCACCAGAUGGUGUAGGCAGUGGAUCAAAACAAUCCAAGUGCUUAGUUAACUCAGAUUCAGCUUAUAAACAGGAUUUUCCGCCAUUGUCUGGGCAUUCAGGUUCCGAGGGCUUAUAUGGGGGGAGAAUUCAGAUUGGGCAAGUCUUAGGUGGGAGGACUGCUGAUGCUACUACAUUCCAUCAUGACUUCUCAGACAAAUUGAUCAUUUCCGGUGCGCAGAGUGAGACUCAGCUGCCCUCCCAAUCUGCUAAAAAGGAUGAGCCUGCCUCAAGCAAGGGUCCAAAAAGUUCAACUGGCCAUAAUAAUUCCAAGCAUUCUGAACACUCAGCUGAUGUUAUUACAUUACAUCAUGACUGCUCAGAGAAACUGAUAAUUUCCGGCCUGCAGAGUGAGACUCAGCUGCCCUCCCAAUCUGCUAAAAAGGUUGAGCCUGCCCCAAGCAAGGGUCCAAAGCAUUCUGAACGCUCAGCUGAUGUUAUUACAUUACAUCAUGACUUCUCAGAGAAAUUGAUAAUUUCCCGCCAGCAGCGUGAGACUCAGCUGCCCUCCCAAUCUGCUAAAAAGGUUGAGCCUGCCCCAAGCAAGGGUCCAAAGCAUUCUGAACACUCAGCUGAUGUUAUUACAUUACAUCAUGACUUGUCAGAGAAAUUGAUAAUUUCCAUCCUGCAGAGUGAGACUCAGCUGCCCUCCCAAUCUGCUAAAAAGGAUGAGCCUGCCCCAAGCAAGGGUCCAGAAAGUUCAACCGGCCAUAAUAAUUCAAAGCAUUCUGAAGACUCUGUAGUGCUUCCUUUCGAUAUCUGCCCGCCCAAAACUGGGACUUCUGUUGCCCUAAAACCUGGUCUAUUUGAAAAGAAUAGAGGAAGACGGAAUGCAAUCAAACAGUCUAUGGAAGGGCAAAAUGGAAUUGUGUUGAGGUCUGGGAUGAUUCAUUUAAAGGGUUACAUAUCCUUAAGAGAUCAGGUCAUGAUAGUAAAAUCAUGCCGAGACGUUGGUCUGGGUCCUGGAGGUUUCUACCAACCUGGUUACCGUGAGGGAGGAAAACUGCAGUUGAGGAUGAUGUGCCUUGGUAAGAAUUGGGACCCUGAGGCAAGGAAAUAUGGAGACAACCGGCCAUUUGAUGGUGCCAAACCACCCAUUAUACCUGAUAAAUUCUAUCAGUUGGUCGUAAAAGCAAUCACUGAUUCCCAUUCCAUUAUUCAGAAAAAUUCUGAAGCAAGCAAUGUAGAAAACAUACUCCCCAGGAUGUCACCAGACAUUUGUCUUGUAAAUUUCUACACAGUGAAUGGCCGACUGGGUCUCCAUCAGGAUCGGGACGAAAGCGAAGGAAGUCUUGAUAAAGGAUUACCUGUGGUCUCUUUUUCCAUUGGUGACUCAGCAGACUUCUUAUAUGGGGAUCAGAGAGACGAAGACAAGGCAGAGAAGGUUAAGUUGGAAUCAGGAGAUGUUGUAAUAUUUGGUGGGAAAUCUAGGCAUGUUUUUCAUGGUGUUACUGCCAUUCACCCAAACACCGCCCCGAAGGCCCUGCUUGAAGAAACAAAUCUUCUUCCUGGUCGGUUGAAUCUUACUUUCAGAAAGUAUUGAAAACCUUGAUUUGUAAUUGGCACUGUCUCAGUUAUUGUAAAUGCUCUUUAAGUUUUCUUCAGUCUUAAGGGUCAGGAAGUAAUGACAGUCAUGUAAUGACAGAGACGGUGCUUGAAAUACAGUUUAUGUAAUGGAAGUACGUAGAUAAUCUGUUCUUUGCCGUUCA